AUGACGGCCGCCUUUCUCAAGAAACAUGGCCACCCCAUCUACAUCCAAGUCGUGGACGAGGAAGUCAUCGAGUACAUACUGUUACCGGCAGAAGAGGAGGAGCCGCCGAAGCCGCCGUCCCCCUGGCCGGUGGGUACCCCCCGCGGCCGCCGGCGGGCGGCCCAGAGGAUCCAGGCGUGGUGGCGGGGCACGCUGGUGCGCCGGGCGCUGCUGCACGCCGCGCUGCGGGCCUGGCAGAUCCAGCGCUGGUGGCGGCGGCGGCUGGAGGGGCUGCGGCGGCGGCGGCGGCGGGAGGCGCUGCUGAGCUUCGCCCUCCGGGAGCGGGCGGCGGUCCGGCUGCAGGCCCUGGUGCGCAUGUGGCGCGUGCGCUGGCGCUACGCCCAGGUGCUCGGCGCCAUCUACGUCAUCCGGUGCCACUGGCAGAGCCACAGCUGCCGGACCUGCGCGCUCCUGCGGGGCCGCUGCGUGGCCACCGCCACCCACCUGCAGUUCCACAUCGAGGUCACCGGCGCCCGAGGCGCGGGGGGCCCCGCCCCAUAAAGGUCUGAGCCCAGCGGCCGUCUGUCUUGUGGUCACUCCCGGCGGAGAGGCUGGGCGCCGGCCGCCGCCGCCUUUUCUUCGGAAAACAGCC